AUGACGCUCCCCGCCCCGCACCCUGCCUCUGCUUCCGCCUCCGCCGCCCUCAAGCAGGGGGAGAACGACUUCGUGUGCGGCGUGUGCGGGAAGCGGUUCAGUUUCCCCUCCCUGCUGAAGCGGCACAUGAGGAUCCACACGGGGGAGCGGCCCUUCCCCUGCCCCUACUGCAGCCACCGCGCCAACCAGAAGUCCAACCUCAUCAUGCACAUCAGGAGCAACCACGGAUACAACAUGGGCUCCCCGCCGCUAUCACGGUCGUUUAAAUGCCUUGUAAAUCCUGACAAUGGAAAGGAGGACGUUUCUGAUACAAGUGAUCAGGAUGAGUGUGAGAGUGUGAUUGUCGUGCCUUCAGGUGCCACCCCAGUGCCACCCGGAGGCGAACCCCUCUACGCGUGCCACGUGUGCGGCAAGAAGUUCCCGUUUCCCUCGCACCUGACGCGGCACCUUCGGACGCACACGGGGGAGCGCCCCUACGCCUGCCCGCUGUGCCCUCACCGCUUCGUGCAGAAGGUCCACCUCAAGAGUCACUAUCGCUCGCAUCACGUCGGGGGCGGGCGGGAUCCUCCGGGAGGGCAGGGGGCAGGGAGCAUGGGUGGGCAGGGGGCAGGGGGCAUGAGUGGGCCGGGGGCAGGGGGCAUGAGUGGGCCGGGGGCAGGGGGCAUGAGUGGGCCGGGGGCAGGGGGCAUGAGUGGGCCGGGGGCAGGGGGCAUGAGUGGGCAAGGAGCUGUGCAGGGUGUGGUUGGGGUUGAGGGUAUGGGAGGCUCCGGCGAUGAGAGCGUCCAUUCUGCUCCCAACGGUGAGGAUAAUUCUGACAGACUUUAUUUACGUCUGUUUUGCAUCUUUAAGUUUUUAUUCAGAGUCGAUUUAAUAGCGCUUGAGGAUGUUAAUGGCGAUUCACAGGAUUUUAGGAAAAUAAGCUUGGUGUCCCCUUGA